AUGUCAUCUGAUCCUCCUCCAACAUACCACAGGCCAGAAGAGCCCCCACAGCCUGCUCCAGCUGCAGCAACACAAUCUAUUUCUAAUCAAGAUUCUACUUUGAACACAGAAAAAUACAAUGAAAGUAAUAACAAUAAUAACAAUAAUGAACAAUACCAUUUUCGUCAAGAUCAAUACUAUAACUUGAAUGCCAAAGGGGAAGGCGCACCAAUAGGCAAUUCCUUUGAAGAAAUAUUUCCCGAUGAUAAACCUAGAUUCAAUGAUUGGCCUUUUACCAUCUUCUUUGUGCUCAACUGUUUUGCAUUUGUUGCUAUCGCUGGUCUAACUUUACAUGGCUGGAAUUCAAGUUAUUCUGCCACAGGUGGUAGUAUCUAUGAUGGGCAAAAUACAGGUACUUUAGAUACAAACGCUGCCAUCUUAUUGGUUUUCUCCUGUACAAUAGCUCUUACUUUUUCCAUAUUGGGAUUUAUACUAUGUAGAUGCUACCCUAAACAAUUUAUUUAUAUUGGCAUGGCUAUUAACAUAGCUAGUUCUUUAGGUACUGCAAUCUGCUACUUAUGCUUGCACUAUUGGUCUGCCGGAAUAGUUUUCAUUGUUUUCACUGCUCUCACACUAUGGUGUUACAUUGGAAUGAGACAUAGAAUCCCAUUGGCUGUUGCUAUAUUAAGAACUGUGAUGGACGUAAUUAAAUGGUAUCCGUUCACUAUAUUCACCGCUUUCCUUGGUUCCAUCAUAUCUGCAGCCUUUGCAUUUUUUUUCAGUUUGGUUGUUGUUGCCUGUUACAUGAAAUAUGACCCUAAAUCUAACAAUCCCGGUUGCAAUGCAGGUGGUGGCAGUUGUAGCAACAGUAAAUUGAUCGGUAUGCUAUUUAUCACUUUUUUCUGUGGCUUCUACAUAUCUGAAGUUAUUAAAAAUGUCCUACAUAGUACCAUAUCCGGUAUCUACGGCUGUUGGUAUUACAUGGCCAAGAGCGACCAAGGCCCACCUAAAUGGCCCGCUUGGGGUUCUUUUAAAAGAAGCAUUACUUAUUCCUUUGGUUCAAUUUGUUUUGGGUCGCUAAUAGUUUCCAUAAUUGAAACCUUUAGGGCAAUUUUGCAGGUUAUAAAAAAUGUAGUUAUUUCCGGUUCGCAAUGGGCCCAGAUCGGAUUUAUGAUAAUUGACUGGGUUAUUGGUUUUUUUAAUUGGUUAGCAUCUUAUUUUAACCACUAUGCCUAUUCAUAUAUUGCCUUGUACGGCAAAUCAUACUUAAGGUCUGCUAAAGAAACUUGGAAUAUGAUGAGGGAAAAAGGCUUUGAUGCUUUGAUCAACGAUAAUUUGGUCAAUAUUGCAAUUGGGUUGUAUUCUAUGUUUGUUUCUUAUAUGUGUGCUUUAUUUGCAUUUUUAUAUUUGAGAUUUACUAAACCUUCUUAUAAUUCGUCUGGUGGGUUUACUGCACCAUUAAUUGCUUUUAGCUUUGUUAUUGCUUUGCAAAUUUGUAACAUUAUCAAUGAAACUAUAAGAUCUGGUGUGGCUACGUUUUUCAUUGCCCUAGCCAAUGACCCUGAAGUUUUCCAAAAAUCUUAUCCUGAAAGGUUUGAUGAAAUAUUUAGAGCCUAUCCCGAUGUGUUGAAGAAAUUAUCUCAUCAAAACGUUUAA